UAGUUGUCAAACACAUUCAGGAAAAAUGUAUCAGUUGUUCAUAGGUUUUCUUAAAGAAAAACUAUAUAUUUAUAAACAUAAGAUUUAAAGUUUUGUCCUAUAUUCAUAGCUAACAGAAUGUAUAUGUGCAUUAAGCGUUGUCUCAUUCAUUGAAAAACGAGUCACAGCAUAACAUAUUUAUUCAUUUGUUUCACUUCGCCACCCUGUGGUUGUGUCCGUACUGCAAAGACCCGUACUACAGCGCGCGGCGCACUUGAGGGGUUUCAUUCUGUCAGCUCGGCUGGGACCCGACGGAGUGGAGUUAACGGAACCGAACACUAGCAGGACCCUGCGACGGAACCGCUUUCUCUUUAUUGCACAUGAUGGCCACCAACACACCUGCUGUCUGGCUCUUAAAAACGUGCUUUCUUCUUGUUUGGGGGAGUUUUAUUACAGAUGCUAUCCAGGAUCAAGGAAGUUUGUACAUGUGGAUUGACGCCAACCAAGCCAGAAUCCUUAUUGGUUUUGAAGAAGAUAUUUUGAUUGUGUCAGAGGGCAAAAUGGCCCCAUUUACUCACGACUUCAGAAGAGCGCAACAGAGGAUGCCUGCAAUUCCUGUCAAUAUCAACCAUGUGAACUUUACCUGGCAAGCUCCAGGACAGGCAGAAUACUUCUACGAGUUCCAAAGCCUCCGCUCCUUGGACAAAGACAUCAUGGAUGACCCAACAGUCAAUGUCCCCCUGCUGGGAUCCGUCCCGCACAAGCCGUCAGUGGUGCAGGUGGGAUUCCCCUGUCUGGGCAACCAGGACGGCGUAGCGGCCUUCGAGGUGACGGUCCAGGUGAUGGACAGCGGGGGCAGUGUACUGCUGAGGACUCCGCACAACGCCAUCUUCUUCAAGACCUGCCAGAGAGCCAAGUGCCCGGGUGGCUGUCGGAACGGAGGAUUCUGCAACGAGAGGCAGGUGUGCGAGUGCCAGGACGGCUUCUACGGACCGCACUGUGAGAAAGCCCUGUGCUCCCCUCAGUGCCUGAACGGCGGCCUGUGUGUAAGUCCUGGCAUCUGCAUCUGCCCCCCCGGCUACUACGGUGCCAGCUGUGAGAAAGCCAACUGCAGUAUCUCCUGCCUGAAUGGGGGCACCUGUUUCCACCCGGGCAAGUGCAUCUGCCCUCCUGGAUACAGGGGGAACCACUGCGAGAUCAGCCGCUGCAGCCAGCCCUGUCUGAAUGGUGGAAAGUGUGGCGGCAGGAACAAGUGCAAGUGUGCCAAGGGUUUCCAUGGUGACUUCUGCUCCAAGGCUGCCUGCGAGCCAAGCUGUGGCCCCCAUGGGACCUGCAUAGAACCCAACAGGUGCCAGUGUCGGGAGGGAUGGCACGGACACCAUUGCAACAAGAGGCACCGUGCUGGGAUUCUCCCCUCACUGCGGGCACUGGGACCAAAGGCGAAACGUCAGCCUCCCUUGGCCAAGGAGGUCAGGAUGGGGGAGGACAGUAUCAGCCCCCCAGAGACCAACUAUAUUAUGUGAGCUCAGGGGUGCAGAAACUCAUUCCCGACCCCCUCUGGGAGUAACCCCCCCUUUUCUUUUUAACUAUACUUUACCCCCCCCUCCCCAUUUGUAGAAAGCAUCCAUCAGAUGCUAGUUUGUUUGUCUUAUAGGCCAUUUCUUGAACCCCCCCUCCUCCCACCCCAUUGACGAGCCCAGUAAUUUCUUUCUGUUCUUACUUCCUGUUUACUCGAACUGGCCAAGCGGAAACCCCACCCAGAGCAGGUCCCAUCUGCAGUUUGUGUAGCCAGUGUUAGGGAGUAACCAGUUACAUAAAGCUGCGUUAUGUAAUUAGCUUACAAAAUUAACGCAACUGUAAUGCUUUACAGUUACUGAGAAAAAAUAUGUAAUUAAAUUAUGGUUACAAAUCAAAAUGUUAGUGAUUACAAAAGGGUUACAUCCAAAUAUAUUAUUUUUGUUAAAAAGCUUAGAUGUAUAAUAUAACAUUCUUUUUGUUGCUUUACAUCUUUUCACCGUGCAAAUAUGCCUUUUAGACAACACGGGUCAGCAAAGCUGUUGGGAAUUUUCAGUUUAUUACCCAGUCUAAAACAUUUGUUAAACAGUAUUCAAAAAGUAAUCAAAUGUAAUGAGUUACAUUACUUUGAUGAAGUAAUCAAAAUAGCUACAUUACUUAUUACAUUUUAACAGGGUAGCCAGUCAGCUGUAGCCUGUUACAUUUCAAAAGUAACCUUCCCAACAUUGUGUGUAGCUAUAGCCCGCAGGUUUUAUCCAGCAGCCCACGCCUCGUCUCAUGGGCAAUAAAGGCUUGUUUCCGAAUGACUGUCCUCUGAAAAAGAACAAAAGCCUUUUUGGAGUAUCACCCGUAGGUUCCACGGAGAGGAGUUGGCGUUCUGUGUGGCCUCACCAUUGUGUUAAAACGGCAGCGACCGUGGGGUUUGUGCAACAUUAUCUUUGUAGAAACAGGGGCCGCUGCCAAAUGCUGACUAAACUCUUCUCCCUUCAGUUGCGUUUGCCUGCUCCCGCUAGUUCGAGGAAGUUGUGUGAAUCCAAAACAUUAAUCUGUGUGCAGUGCUGGGUAUUUUUUUUUUAUAAAAUAUAAAUAAGCUUCAUCAGCAGGUGGUUUUUCGAUGUCCUUCAUUAGGAAACUAGGUAUCAGUUUGUUUGUUGUUUAUUUAACUGGUUUCCUUUGUAGCUUGACAUUUUAAAAGCCUCCUUCAGUCUAUGUGCCUUGCAGACUUAAGAAUAUCGGUGUUUAGCUUGGCGCCAAUGGACUUAAGGUGCCAGGAAGAAGAGUCCUAUCUCAUAGUCAGCUCUCCUCGAAUUCUAAACCCCAAAAAGGUAUUCCCAACCCAGUUGUAUAUCCCAGGGAGGGAACACAAUUUACCCAAAAAGGUAUUCCCAACCCAGUUGUAUAUCCCAGGAAGGAAACACGGUUUGACCAAGCAGGAAAAACAACCAUCGUCAGAUUCAUUCACCCGGUCAGCCUGCUUAUCGUUGCAAGAGAGGAUCUCAUCAGAGACAAAUAAAGAAAAUCACAGAAGAAUUAAGACAACGGUGCACCUGAGAGUUAGGAUUUCAGGGAGGAGAGUGGGAAAACAUUAAACUCUAGAUACAAGGGACUAAUACACAAAGCUUUUAAGAAGCGUGACUAAAGUACGUAACACAUCUGAGUAAUGUGUCCUAUUUCCAUCUAGCUGUCUGACACCUGGGUAAUCUAGAUCAUUCUUUCUCAACCUGGUCCUCGGGGACCGCCAGCCGGUCCAUGUCUUUGCCUCCUCUCAGCUCCCCGCCCGGCAGCCCACAUUUUUGGUAACAGGACUUGGGAGGGAGUAAAACGUGGACCAAGGACCGGGAUAAGAAACACUGAUAUAAAUCAUAACUUACCCAGCCACAUACCAGUCUGAUGGUUAUUGCAGUAUUUAAAUAAUAGAAUUAACCAGUGAAUUUUGCAUUUUUGUAAAACCUCUAUGCUAUUAAUAUUUACUCGUAUCUCAUAGUACAACAAAAAAUCUUAAUGACUUUUGGUGCCUUAAAUAAAAAUGUAUUUUAGUCUCAGAGCUCUGAUGAGAAAACUUUGCUAGUCUUAUUAUUUUUCAAAAUAUUCACGUAAAUGUCAUGUGUUAAUAUCAGUGUAAUAAACUGCCUAAUAUAUGUAAACAUA